CUGCAGUUCCUAUUCGUAGAGAAUUUAUAUGCAGAUAACUUUAGAAGAUUACAAGAGUCUCUAAUGUAAAUCAAAUUUUUACAUUCAGUGUUGGCUCACUGAACGAAUAGAAGAGUACUCGAAAAUGUUUGAUAUUUCACUUUUGUUGACUAUUGAAAAUUGUUGCUUUAACUGCCAGAGUAUGGUCGCUUGUUUAUUUGUUUUAUUAGACAGAAAUCAGACGUUCCAUAUAUUGACUUACAAAUUGUAUUCGGUUCUAAGUCAUAUUCAGGUUUCAUCUGUUUGACUGUUUUGCUUUCACGCUUGUGUUGUCGAUAAUUGCUAUCGAUUGCUCUUCUUAAUAAAACUUUAAGAUAUGCCACUUCCUAAACAUACAGUUCAACCAGUCAAACUCAGUCAGGUAGUUGUUCCGAAUGGCAUCGACAAUGAGUUAGAAUUUGUGGUUAAUUCCACGGUCUGCAAUGUCAUGAGACAGAUAGCGUCAGUUAGCCGAUUGGCCAAUACCAUGUUCGAAGAACUCACUACCGAUUUUUCUCGACUAGUUGAGCGGACUAUUCGUCUGCAAAAUCGUCUGGGUAAACUUCAUGAAGAUAUGCAAAUGGCACGCAGCGGAGACGAAGACCUUACUGCUGGGGUACAAGAAGUUGAGAUUCCGGUGUUCUCUAGCAAAAAGCCAACCGAUAGCCAGGUAUUAAAUCAAAAUACCAUACCUCCUUCUAUGCGGUCACAAUAUGAUCAAGCAGAAGCAGCUCCAGCACUUCAACAAAUGGAUGAACUCAGAGAUGAUAAGAAAACUAGCAUGAGGUUGUAUUCAGAUCCCAGCUUUUUCUUUGAUUUAUGGAGUCAGGAAAUGUUACAAGACCGCAAGCACAAAAGAGCCGCCAAGAAAAAAAGACCGAAAAUAAAGGGAAAAACUGCUCCCGUUAAAAGUGGAUCUAAUCAGGGAGUUCAGAAACCUCAACUUAUCAUUCAGCAACCAGGAGUUGGUGGCCAUAAACUUCCCGCACCGUUAUCCGAGCAAAACGGUUCUGUUAAUACCAGUUCUCAUAUGGAUAGAAAUAUCAGUAUUGUCAACGGUAAACCCACCCAACAUCAGUUUGUGAAUAAUGGGGAUUUUGGAAAUCCUUCAUUACCACCCCCGCCACCUCCACCGAAUGCUCUUCAUCCGUCAACACAAGUUGAUAAUGCAAAGGAUUUUCGACAUGCAUCUAAUCAAAAAAGUGAUUAUUGCCCAAUUAAACCUGACCUUGAUGGUGUCAAUCCGUUUCCUUCAGUUACCAACAACAUUUGUACCAACCAUGACCCUUCACCAGCCCAUCAGAUGACUCUUCCUGAUCCUCCCGCACUCCAUACACAAAUGGCAUCUCUUAUUUUACCACCACCACUUCCUCCAGCUUUCUUGAGCGACGGAGAGUCAAAAGUUCCAGACAUUAACAAAAAUUCACAUCCGAAUGAUGAAGCUGCUCGCAGAGACCCUUCUGGACAAGAUGGAAAUGGUAGGAUAUCAUCACCCACACAAAUGCAUGAUAGCAAAGAGAAACAGUUCCAGUAUAUUAAUUCUGUAGGUAUGGAAUCGUCAUCGUCGGCUUUACAUAAUCUCCCUCCGCCUCCUCCCGCGCCGAUUUUUGAGGCGAAAAACUUCAAUGAGCCUUGUAAACCCAACAGACAGCAUAGUGAGUUGGAUACUUGUAAUCAUAAGUCCACUUCUUCGACCCUGCCUCCCUCAGUUACACCUUUUGUGGCUUCGUCACCAACAUCUAUUCUAUGCUCAUCUACACAACCUCCACCACCCCCACCUCCACCUCCCUUUACACCAACCCAGAAAGUUGGGUCUGAAAGUCCAAACAAUCAAGCAACCUUACCAACUAAGAACAAUAUCCCACGAUGCAAUGUACCUCAGUUUCCUCCUGCAGAUUUGCUUUCUGCUAUACGCGCUGGCUGUCAGUUACGCAAAGUAGGUGAACGAAAUCUUCCCGACCAAUCGAAAUUUAGCCGUGCAAAUAGUUUAUCGACUCUGGUAAACAAACCUAAGGAUGUUCAAGCGAUUUAUGAAGCUGUUAGGCGUCGUCGGGAAUGUAUGGAAAAUAAUUCCUCGGACGAUGACGAUGAUGACAAAGAUGCAGAUAGUAAUUCCUCCGGUUGGGAGGACUAGCUCUUAUCCAGCGUACCGAAAUAUGUAUUAGGCCAUGUAUCAGUCUCAUUUUUAUCUUUUUCCAGUAACACGUUUAUUUUUCAACACAAUGCCCAUCUUUGUAUAUUUACCAUCUCUACUUAUGUCUUUCUAUAACUUCUGGUUUUGCUUUGUUCAUGUUCUCAUCCUUUUCUUCUAUUAUUAUUUAUUAGCUGUACAUAAAUGUACGAUCCCGUUCACAUUGGUAUAUACUUAUGUCUUCAUUACCUUGUGAUUUUUUCUCUAAUUACUUUGCUUCAAUAAUUUGAGGUAAGUUAAAUUUUGACAGACCAUAAUUAAAUUUUUGUGUUUUUCUGAUAAUCUAGAAGUUCUAUUAUGAAGUCCACCUCAAUAGAUUGGUACGCAUUGAUUUCGCAAAUUGUAAAACUCCUGAGAUCUUGUUUUGUUAACGAUUAGAGACGGUAUGAUAUGUGAAAAUCCUUUUCUUCUGUUCUAGAAGUGUUACUAUGAUUGCUCGAAUCUCAUUAAAAAACAGAUCAGUUAUGAUCUUAUACGUAACUGAAAGUCAUUAUUGAUUUAACAAUACUUCUCAUUAAUAAUUUGUGUCCAAUGACAUAUUGAUUGUCUUAUUAUAUAUACAGUUUCAGGGCUGACUUCAUUGCAUUAAUUUCCUAACCAUUUUGAGACGAAAAUCAAGUUCAUUUUUAUGUAUCUGGUUAUUAUUAUUUCCCUUUUAAUUAGUAGUUUUCCUUUCUGCUGUUCUUUGUCUCUUUAUUGAACAACUACUUCCAUUUAUUUUUUAUGCUCCGGUGAUUGCGACCGAUGUGAACAAAAUACCCUCGUUUAACUAAAGCAUUAUAUGCAUACUUUUGUUUAUUUCAGUUGCUUUAAUGCUUUUCAACGCAUAAAAGUAUGGAUGUCACUAAUCCCUAAAAAUCUUGUUAACAUUCACUCUUCAGAAUUUUACCACUUUUAAGCAAGGUUUAUGGUCCGUAAUGAUAAUUUGUUCGCCUCUGAAUAAUAUUUCCCCCACUGAGUUCUUAACCUAGAUAUUGCUCAAGUGGUUUUUACGGCUUUUUUCGAAUUAAAUGUAGACUAUAGUUAUAUGGUCUUAUCUCCAUUUAAUCAUGGACAAUUCAUAACCUUCAAUUUUUCCCAUUAGUUGAAUCGUUCCUGUAAGGUAUAUAUUGAUCCUAUAUCGUUAACUUGUUUUACGUUGCGAUAUACCUGUGCAUCUAUUUGCUGACUACUGUGAAUACGAAGAUAAUCGUUGCCAUGAUAAGUAGAACUGUUUCUGGUGGUUGUUAUUGUUAAGUCGGCUUCCAGCAAACUCCAACAGAGCAUCCAGAGGCUCAAAAAGAGUCCCAACCAAUCAGAGUACGACAGAACAUUCUGGAGUUCCAACGUGGCAUGCUACCAUUGGUCAGUAGCAAUUUAUGUCGUUAAUGGGAUUGGCUGAAUUAGGAUGUUGAUUUAACUUAAGCAAACAUCUAUAAAUACCUACGAUUUUCUGUACAAAGAUGAUCCUUGCAGUAAAGGUUUUCUCUGAUACCCGUGUCUUCUCUCUGGUCUUCAAGUUGCUGAGUAGUGCUAGUCCUGGGGUUAUCGGAAUAGCUUAGGAUCCGAAUAAAGCGUUCAACCUACAAGACAUAUCAGUUAUUCAAUGGAUUGUGUAAUGCUUCGAUAGUGUCUUAUAAAUAUCCUUUAGACAUUUUGUUUCGCGUAUUUAUAAUAUUUCAUUUCGUGUAUCCCAGUACUUUAAUACAUCUGGCUUUAAUUUUGAAGGUAGAUGUUCUUGAUACUGAUUUUUUAACAAUAUAAAAGUAAUCAUGCAUGCAUGAAGUGUACCACUGACGAAAUGUGUUGUUUAGUUGAUGAUAUCUUACGAUUUGGAUUCACUAAUUGCGAACUAUAUAGUGGGGUACAUUGUCUAAAAAAACAAGAAAAUAACAGCUAUUCUUCUGUAGCAUAUUAUAUUAGUAAAUUAUGUGCAAAGCAAUUGAGUACAACUACUUUUCAAUUUAUGACAUGCGGAAAGAAAUAAAGCCUACGUACUUUGUUCCACCAGUUUAUCGAAACCAUUGAUCCAACGAAAUAACGUCCACAAAAUCGGGUUGCUGCACUUCCUAGGCCCCAAUGAUAAAAACGGCUGAAAGUGAGAUUACCGACCCCAGCUCCUGAGAAACAAAACUACUAUAAAAACACAAGAAGAACUCAUCUAGACUCUAGCAGGCGACAUUUUCCCCUACAGAUGCAUACCUAAAGCUAACUCGGUCUCACCGAACCACACCAUGAAAAACCAGAUCGACCACACUUUCCUCAAUAAAAUACCCACGAGAUCCAUGGAAGAAGUAAGAACAAAGAGUGGAAUUGAUGUAGUUUUAGAUCACCACCUGGUUGUACCAAAUCGAAAGAAGCAUUGUGCAGUUACAUAAGGAAUACUACAAAUGUCUAGUAUAGCCUUCAUUUGAGAUGUAAACAAGUUCAGCGGGAUAUCAGCAUAGUAGCUAUCAUCGACAAGCUUUAAUCCUUUCAAGACCUACCAGAAGAAACGUCGGGAACCGCCAUAAGCAACAACUGGAAAGUGAUUCGAGAAGCAAUAACUUCAACAUCUCAGAAGAUGUUGACCCACAAGAAGCAUCAGUAUAAAGAAUGUACUCGGCCUGUGCCGAGUACACAGAAGCAAACACACAAGUCAAAGUGCAUUAGAGCUGAUUAGCGGAAGCAUGUUGGAGGUCUGACAACCACAGCAGAGAGAGCUACAAGAGAAGGAAAUGUGGAGGAACUAUGUGAUACUACAACCAAGAAGCUUACAAGAAAACGUAGUGGACCAGAGUGACCGGUCAAGAACGGAGAAGGAAAACCAAUUAAUGAGGGUUAACGGCAGUGGGACAGGUGGGUAGAGUACUUUGAAGAUCUUUCAAAUUGAUCGACAUUACUGAGCACAGCUAACAUCGAGGCAGCACACAAAGACCUCCCUGUAGAUAGUACCCCACCAACUAUCAAAGGAAUUAGCGGAGCCAUCAGACAAUUUAGGAAUGCCAUAGCAAUAGUUGGACUAGACAGCAUACCAGCUAAGGUACUUCAGUCAGAUAUGGUACCAGAUACCAUGUUUUGGUUUGGUCGCCCCCAACACUUACUUCCAUCCCCAAUACUAGUCAGCAUAGCGCGUCGUGGUAAUCGGUG